AUGGCGCGCCAGGCUCCUCCACGCGGGACGCGUCGGGUCCCGCGGCUGCUGCUGCUGCUGCUGCUGCUGCUGCGCGACCAGCCGCUCCUGCUGCUGCUCUCUCUGAUCGUCUCGGUCUCGGCGACAGUGACUGUCGCUGUCGCUGUCGCACAGGAUCAUGAUACAUUCGCCGCAGUCACCUACCUGCCGGCCACUCAGAGCCUGGCGUUGGGUCCGGGGUACACUGUGUCUGUGAACCCCGCAACCAACCCGCCUUCGCUGGCCGUUGUCGACUGGAACGGCGCGCCUGUCGCGCCCACCUAUAACGCGGACGGAUCCGCCACUGUUGCCGGGUACACCGCGUACCCAAACGGCACCGUCAUUGGUCCGGGCGGCCUUUCCAUCUACCUUCAAGGUUCCAGCUCUGAUCCAUUGUUCUCGAUGGGAACAACAACAGUCCUCAGGAACGGAACCAUUGUGGACGGUUCGGGAAAGAAACUCGUGCCGACGAAAAACCCUAAAGGGGACGGGUCGUACACAGCAGGGGACUUGACUGGGUGGCCUAGAAACGGCCUCAUCAUUGGCAGCGGUGGCGCCGUGAUCAACGCCGGCGUGCCGCUCACCCUCACCGCGGACGGCAGCAUUGCUUUCGCUCCGCAUGUUGCUGUUCCCGUGCCUGGCGCCGCCAUCUCCGCUAACCCCGCCACCCACAGCCUGUCGUUCGGCUACUAUACACUGUGUUUGAACGGCACGGAGAUGUCCCUCCUAGACUCCUCCCGCAAUCCUGUCCAACCCACCACCAACCCCGACGGGUCCCGCUAUCUUGGCGGCUAUACUCUUUACAAGAACGGCACAAUCACCGCUCCGGGCGGCAUUGCCAUUGACACUGUUGGUCCCAACGCGGGGCUGCGUGUGGGAAGAACGACGGUUCUGAUAGUAAACGGAACGGUUCUGGACGGUUCGGGAGCAAAAAUCAUGCCGACGGGUCCGAAUGAGGACGGGUCGUACAGUGCAGGGGACGUGAAAGGGUGGGCCAACGGGACUAUUAUUGACACCAACACUGGUGUGGUGCUCUAUGCUGGUGCGCCGCUGGCCCUCACAGCUGACGGCAGGGUCACUUUGGCCUCUCUCUCCAUUCCCACUGGUGCCGCUGCUCCCUCUGCUGCUGCCGCUGCUCCUCCUACUGAUGCCGCUUCUCCUCCUCCUGAUGCUGGUGCUCCUACUGCUGAUGCUGCUGCUCCCUCUGCUGAUGCUGCUUCCACUUCUCCCCCUGCUGCUUCCACUUCUCCCCCUGCUGCUUCCACUUCUCCCCCUGCUGCUUCCACUUCUCCCCCUGCUGCUUCCACUUCUCCCCCUGCUGCUUCCACUUCUCCCCCUGCUGGUGCUUCUACUCCUGCAGCUGCUCCUCCCCCGCCCAAGACUGCUGCGUUUGUGUUUCACACCCGGCACAUGGCGGUUCACACCCGGCACAUGGCGGGUCACACCCGGCACAUGGCGGGUCACACCCGGCACAUGGCGGGUCACACCCGGCACAUGGAGGGUCACACCCGACACAUGGCGGGUCACACCCAGCACAUGGCGGUCACACCCGGCACAUGGCGGGUCACACCCAGCACAUGGUGGGUCACACCCGGCACAUGGUGGGCCACACCCGGCACAUGGCGGGUCACACCCAGCACAUGGCGGUCACACCCGGCACAUGGAGGAGAGGGUCACGCUCGGCACUGCGCAGGAGCCUUGCUGCUGGCAUGUGAUAUGAUGCUUGCCUCAUCUGCUACCACCCCGCUGCAUCCCUGUUCCUUCUCCACCUCCACACCGCCUCGCCCUUGCUGA